UUCUCACUUUCUAAAAUGCACCGUCCCGAUAAGUUAAACCCAUAGUUGCAGAGCCGGAGGCAAAACCCACAUUUUGAAAAGUCGAGACCGAAGGAUAGAUAGAAUAAGGAAAAACUGGAGCAGCAAUAGCAGAGGAGAAAAAUGGCGAAUCUGAGAUUGGCAAUGGACUCUGCUUUCUGGGACACCAACAUAUCCAGUACACAAACCCUUGAAGGGACGGCCCGUCUAGUGCCUGGUGAGCCCUUUCCUCUUGAUGGGUCAAGAGCCAGCCGAGCACUUCGAGCUCAGCAACUCUCUCUCUUGGGCAAUGGUUUCCCACUUGGUAUCAUCCCUUCUUAUUCUCCAACUUCUGAGAAAGAGCUCGGGUCCUUCUCUCUUCAGAAAAUGCUGCUCAGAACCUCCACUCCGAACUGCUUCCACAUCAUGAUGUUACUCUAGAAGCAGCAUGGCCUGAGCUCUUCAUCGACCGGAAUGGAAAAUACUGGGAAGUACCUGAAUCAAUCUCCUUAGAUUUGUCAUCUCUUGUUUCUGAAUCUGGUUUGAGGUACCGUUUCAGUAUACACAAAAAUAGUGGUCAUCCCCAGGCUGUCAACGGCACCAUUGGUGACCCGCCUUUAGCUCUAAUGCCUGGAUUAUGUGCAAAAACUGCCUUUUCAUAUGAAAAGAGCAUGGAUUUCUGGAGACAAAAGGAGACAAAGAAGGAAAUGAUGGUAAAAACAGACAAGGGUUUCUAUUGGCGGCCAUCAUAUGAUGUACGUCUGAGAGAACCUCAUGCGGCAAUAUCUGGAAUUAUUGGGUGUACUUGUGCUGCCUGGCUUUGGAGCUCAGAGGCAGUUGAUUCAAGGACUCAGUCAAGAGAUGGAGGGGCCAUUACUUUGAGUUACAAAAAAAGAAAUCCACUUAAUGCAGAUUUUUUUGGUUCUAUUUGCUAUACAUUUCAACAUGGGAAGUUCAGGAAACUAUUUGGUGACCUGACAAGGGUAGAUACCCGGCUUGACGUUUGUUCAGGAUCAGCAUUUGCUAGAAGGGCUGUUGAUGCAGCUGCCAACAUCUUUAGGAAUUCUCCGGUCAAACGGGAUUUGGAUCCACUUGCUUUGCCAAGGCUUAAUUUAAUCUUCCAACAGCAGGUUGCAGGUCCAAUAGUCUUUCGGGUAGAUUCAAAGUUUUUGCUGGAUUCCUUAUCCAUUAAACAUGGCCCAUCUAUUGAGGACGUCAGGUACAGCUUGAGUUACUCUCUGAGGCUCCUAAAUUCAGGGAAAGUUGUAGUUUGGUAUUCUCCAAAGAGGAAAGAAGGAAUGAUUGAGUUACGACUUUUCGAAUUCUAAAACUUCUUUUCGAAUUUCCAAGGGGUGCAAAGGAGCAAAUCCGGUGGCAGUUUUCUCGUUUUCUCCUCUUCCUUUUUUCCCCUCUCUUUAUGUAAACAUCUGAAUUCUAGUUUUUAAGUAGAUGCAACUUAUUCAUUGUAUGAUGUUGUAGCUUCUCUUUCUAAAUUUGCUGAAGCCCAGAACAGCAUGUUUCCUUGUUACAAUAGAAUACCUUGCAGUUAGAGAAAAUCUGGCGGCAAUUUUCCCUUUUUAUCUGCUCUUUCCUUCUUUUUUUUCCCCCUCCCUAUAUGUAGACAUCUGAAUUCUAGUUUAAUUAGAUGCAGUGUAUUCAUUGUA